AUCCCUUGCACUUCAUCAACAAUUUGAAAAAUGAAAAUAAAAAAACUUGCCCCGAAUCCCGACCUCUAACGGCCAAAAGAGAACGGAUCCAUCGUCCACUGUCCUCUUCUAAACGGGAAACGAUUCUCCCUCGCUCCCUCCAGAUUUGUAGAUACACCUCAAAGCAUUUGCUCCUGUGACAUUGGCCCAGAUUUUGCAUCAAUGGCGGAGAUGCUGAGUAGCUAGGGAUCUUACCACACUCAGAAGGGCGUCUUUCAGCUAAGAGAAGGACGUCUUCGUUUGGGUUUUGGCUAGAUCGAAGAAGCGGGGAAAAUAGUUGUUGAGGUUGGGGAAAUGAAGGAGCUGUUAGGGAGUCCAGGGACGGUGAGCGGGUUGCUACUCAGAUUAGGGCAAUGUGCGUUCGCUGCUGCUUCUAUUGGGGUUAUGGUCUCUGCCAAUGGUUUCUCUAGCUACACCGCUUUCUGGAAGUUCAUGCUGUUUGCCAAAUGUGAAAUCCUAAAAUCGAAGCAUUGCAGCGAGGAAUUCCCCUGGGUCUUGCUUUACUAGGCUGUGUGAGCUUUUGUUCUUGCAUUUGUACUUCAGUACUCCAGUUUGAGGAACUUACAAUCUGGGCUUAGGUUCAUUGAUUCAAAUUUUGGGUGAAGCUAUUUGAUUGCAUCAAUGGGCCUUCAACUCCUAUGGAGCUUUGGACUUGCAUGUCUCGACAUUUAUGCGUUGAGGAGAAAGAAAGACCUUCAGAAUCCUGUCCUUGUGAGCCUAUUUGUCGUAGGGGAUUGGGUAACAGCUAUGUUGUCACUUGCUGCAGCGUGUUCAUCAGCCGGCGUUGUAGUUCUGUACGCAAGGGACUUGGAGUUCUGCAAGGCCCAAGAGAAUCUCCCAUGUCGCAGAUUCGAGAUCUCCAUACUCCUGGCUUUAGGAACCUGGCUUGUUAUUGCUAUUUCAUCUCACGUUAUGUUCUGGACCUUAGCCUCCGUGUAGACACUCAGCAAGCAACACUGAAAAAGCUGCGGAGACAGUUUGGUACAAGUGGACUAGAAUCCAGAACGCAAGGCUUUGUUAGUUAUUUAUGGAACUAAUAAGGAAACCAAACAAUCCUAUUUUCUUUGGAAGUAAUAGUGCAAAAGCCCAAUCAAAUGUUUAUUUGACAAGAGCCAUUUUCGGGAUGUAAUCAAUUACACAUCAAACACAAACAGUACAACGAGACGAUGGUACAGUAAGUAUUAUGAUUCUUGGACGACUGCAGCAGCACACAGAGGACGCAGGGCAUGGGUUUCCAGUUCCCCCUUUCUGGGUUUUCUUUCCCUCCCACAUGCCCCAACGAAAGAAGAAGAAGCACGAGUUCACCCUUUGGUUCCCCACGCGCUUACUCACAAACAGAGUCCACAAACAGAGACGUUGAUGCUGUAAAUGUACACACCACCCCUCCUAAUAUACAUACAUACAAUAAUAAUACACAGUUGCAGCUUUCAUUCGGGGGAUGGUCGGUUUGUGUGAAGAUGAAUUCAGGCAGCCACGCGGCGACUUAAGCGGCAGAGGGGCGAUUGCGCCCCGGUGGAAACGAGAAUCUGACCGGCGGAAUUGAGAUUGGAAGAAGCAGUAGCAGAGGUAGUGCACUCGGAUCCCAACAGGUGGAGACGAUCCGACGCCUGAAACCGACCCGAAUCGCCGGGGAGCCGAAUGUAGGACAUCGACGAAGGGGAAUCGGUGAACCAGGAGUUGAGAGCAGCUUCCCUUCCGCUUCUGUGCUGAGUUAUUGCCCUGUACACGAAAGGAAUCAGACCCUCCAUCUUUUUCUCUU